CUUCUGUUGCCUCUGGUCCACAAAAUCUGGCCGUCGUUGAUGGCACGAUUUCGUGAUCGUUUUGCAAUUGUUGUUGAAAAGGCCUUUCAGUUUCUGGUCGUUUUGUCCAAUGUGGCUCGAGAUUUCUUACGUUCCAGGGCUUCCUCAGAUAUUAUCCCCUCGUUGGUCACAUUUCUGAAGCGGGGUCUACCUGUUAGUGCCAACUCAACUGAAUCCUAUCGUCACUUGACAUCCUAUCGCGUCCAACACGAACUGUUAGCCCGACUCGGCACAUUCUGUUCGGAUCUCAACCUCGGCACAGAAUCUUUGCGUCCGGUUGUUCGACUUUGUGCGCUCUAUUUGGCCACCAAUCAACCGCCAGGAUUACGACAGGCCACCUUUCAAAGUGUCAAAGUAUUUUGGCUUCUGGACCCGGGGCUGGUUUGGUUUGAACUCCUCUCCCGACUUCCUCACCGUGAUUUGGUGGAUGUUCUCCCCUCUCCACCAAACAGUGCACGAUUUUCCCAACUUCAAGCCGUACCUCCUCGGGAGACCGUUUCGUGUAAGGACCGACCACCAGGCGCUGUUAUGGCUGCGCGAAUUCGAGACCCACAAGGUCAGGUGGCUGGAGAGAUUGCAAGAAUACGAUUUCGAUUGUACCUAUAG